CAGAGACAUGUAACACAUCACUUUCUCGCCCACUCAUUUGGUUUGCGGACGACUUGAUCAGGCCUCUUCGGCUCCCGAGCACGAAUUCUGCCACAUUCACGAACCGGCGCCCUCCCGCACGACCGAGAUGAAGCUCAUCCGCCAGAACAUUAUCGAGAAAGAUGGCUCCGGAAGUGCAACUCUCAAGCCAGAAGAGCCCGAGGACAUGUGGCAUUGCUAUAACCUCAUACGUCCCACCGACCGCCUACAUGCCUCCGCUAUUCGCAAGAUAUCAUCCGAGACAGCGACGGGCAGCACGAGGAACGAACGUGUGCACAUGCACCUGACGAUCAAAGUCACGAAACUUGAUUUCGAUCCGCAGGCUGGGCAAUUACACGUAUCGGGACAAGUGGCAGAAGAGAACAAAUGGGUCAAGCUGGGUAGUUUUCACACCCUCGAUCUCGAGCUGCAACGAGACUUCACAUUGGAAAAGGAGGACGGUUGGGACAGCAUCGCGCUCGACACUCUUCGAGAAGCUCUUGACCAGACCAAGACUGCCGUUCUUUGGGCUGUAGUCAUGUCCGAAGGCCUCGCCAACAUUUGUCUCAUAACCGAGCACCAAACGAUCCUACGGCAGAAAAUCGAAAAGUCCCUCCCUCGAAAACGGCAGGGCUCCAGCGACCACGAAAAGUCUCUCCAGUCCUUCUUCAAAGAAACGUUCGAUUCAGUCCUUCGACAAAUGGACAUCUCAUCUUCAAAAGACCCUCUCCCUCUUCUCCUCGCCAGUCCAGGUUUCACAGCGUCUAGCUUCCACUCCUACAUCAAAGAGCAAGCCUCAGCGUCUGCCGGGAGUAACAAACCUCUUCUUGCGCUAAUACCUAAGAUCACUGUUGCGCAUUCUGCAUCGGGCCAUCUACACUCCCUCCACCAAGUGCUCUCUUCGCCCGCCGUAACAUCCCAACUCAGCGAAACGAAAUUCCUUCGCGAAACACAACUGAUGGAAAAGUUCUUCACAUUGAUGAGACAGGACGAUCCCAGGGCGUGGUACGGACCGCGAGAAUGCGUUAAAGCUGUUGAGCGAGGAGCUGUGGGGAAAGGCGGCGGUGUGUUACUCAUCUCCAAUGCGCUAUUCCGGAGUCAAGAGGUGGAUACAAGGAGGAAGUGGGUUGGGGUUGUGGAUGAAGUGAAAGAGCAGGGCGGAGAGGUCAGGGUAUUGAGCAGUAUGCAUGAGAGCGGGAAAAGACUAGAAGGUCUGGGCGGCAUUGCGGCGAUUCUGACAUUCCCGAUUGAGGAUCUGGACGAAGGGGAAGAUUUCGAUGAUGGCGGGUUUGAUUUGGAAGGGGAUGAGGAGUUCGUCAAUGGGAAUGGGCAGCAUGAUGAGGAGAUCGACUUCUUAUGAUGAACAUGGCAUGAUGUUUGACGAUGAUUACGACAUUGCAUGGAAAAUCGAAUGGGCCAUAGAUACCAGAGACAUCUACAGUGUGUACAUCUCUUCUGAGUCCCC